UUUGGCGGGUACGAGAACAAACAGACGAAAGGAGCUUCCCCACUAGAGAGAAAGGGAGUAUUUUAGAGAGAGAGUGUGUUACUUUUAGAGAGAGAGAGAGAACACCAACAGACCAGACCGUACGGGCUGGUAUAGAGAGAGAGAGAGCGCGCGCGCGAGCAUUUUCUCCACUGCACUGUAGUAAUCUCUCUUCAACGCGAUCUCCCCUCGAUCAAGCUCUCCAAUCAAUUCAGAGUAGUAACAAAGCCCCAUAUUCAAUGGAGUUGUACGGACGGAGCACAGCGAGGAACGGGUCACAGUCGGAUUCGCCGGGUGAAUGGGGUCCACCAGUUGCCGAAACGGGUCUCGAAGAAUCGAUGCGGCGUUUUGGGUUGUGGAACAGAGAAUGGUACCCGGAGCGACCCGGCCUUCCUGACUGUGCCUACUAUAUGCGAACUGGAUCCUGUGGAUACGGUAACAAGUGCCGUUACAAUCACCCUCGCGAUCGCAGCUCAUUUGGGGAACCUGUAAGGAUCGGAGGAGGGGAGCAUCCAGAGCGAUUGGGGGAGCCUGUAUGCCAGUAUUAUUUAAGGACUGGAACCUGUAAAUUUGGUGCGUCCUGCAAAUUCCACCAUCCUAGAAAUGGUGCUGGAUCUAUGAGUAAUGUGCGAUUAAAUAGCUAUGGAUACCCAAUACGACCGGGUGAGAAAGAGUGCUCCUACUAUUUGAAAACGGGGCAGUGCAAAUUUGGUAUAACCUGUAAAUUCCAUCAUCCUCAACCAGGUAGCUUAUCAAUGCCGCCGUCUGCACAUCCUUUUUAUCCCACUGUGCAGUCUCCUCCUGUCCCUUCUCCUGAACAAUAUGGGGGGGCAUCGACUAGUUAUAGAGUUGCAAGGCCACCUUUAUUGCAUGGUUCAUAUGUUCCAGGUGCUUAUGGUCCUGUGCUGCUUUCCCCGGGAGUGGUUCCUGUUCCUGGUUGGAAUCCUUACUCGGGACCUUUAAGCCCCGUCUUAUCUCCUGGUGCUCAACCCUCAGUUGGAGCAGGUUCUAUGUAUGGAGUACCACAUCUAUCUUCUUCAACGCCUGCAUUUACAGGAUCUUAUCCUCCCUUACCAUCUCCUACUGGUCCUUCAAGUAGCAGCCAGAAGGAACGCGUAUUUCCAGAGAGACCUGACCAACCUGAAUGCAAAUACUAUUUGAAAACCGGAGAUUGUAAGUUUGGAUCGUCUUGUAGGUAUCAUCAUCCACCAGAUUGGGUUGUAUCAAGGAAAACUUAUGCCCUCAGCCACUUGGGUUACCCUUUACGUCCGGGGGUUCAACCUUGCUCUUUCUAUAUGCAAAAUGGUCACUGCAAGUUCGGGCAAACAUGCAAAUUUGAUCAUCCAGUGGGAUCGGUUAGAUACAGUCCAUCUGGUUCGUCUCUAACUGAUAUUCCAGUUGCUCCCUACAUGGUUGGGUCUUCACUUUCUACUAUGGCUCCUUCAUUUUCAUAUUCAGAGCUACGUCCUGAAUUUAUUUCGGGGUCCAAAAUGGAUCCUCAUUCAACUAGAAUGCCUCCUGGAAACACUCCGAGUAGUUCAGUUGGUUUGAUCUUUCCUCAGACUGGAUCUGUCCCACUUUCUGAUGUCCAGAUGUCAAGUCAGAGUUCCGCCCCUUUAACCAUUGGUAGGAGCACGAGACAAGGUGGUGAAGCUCAUCGUUCAAGCUAAAGUAGAGUCCAAAAUUCACUCGUUAUCUUCAAGAUCUUGCUUCACCUACAUCGUCUGCAUUCUUAGAUCUUAAGAAGCUUAAUGGAGCUCACCUUGAACAGGUUUCAUUUCUUGCUGUCAGGAUUAGUCUACCUAUUUAGUAUAUCUAUAGUCCAGCUUAUAACUGAGCAUUUAUGGUCAUAUGGUCUUUUGUAUGUUACUUAUAUUAUCUCAAAUAACUAGCUGAAAUGGCAAACACCUUGUGAAAUGUACUUCCUUCCUUCCUUCCCACAAAUAACAAGAAACCUAUUUCCGUCAGAAGUUAUAAGCCUGUAACUGGUCUCCUUCAAACUUGAAACUUUUGUAUAUGAUGUUCUGAUUAUUUUUGGAAUGAAAAGGCUCAGUCAAUUACCCUGUCUUUUACCAA